CAGCGCGGGGCCCGGCCGGCUGUGCUGUGCUGUUCUGUGCUGUCCGGGGCGCUCGGGGCGGCGGGGCGCAGGGGGCGGGGGGGGGGGGCCCGCCGAUGAGCCGCCGCGGGUGCGGGCGGGCGGACGAUGGAACUCCACAUCCUGGAGCACCGGCUGCAAGUCGCCAGCGUCGCCAGGGAGAGCCUGCCGCUCUUCACCUACGGCCUCAUCAAGCUCGCCUUCCUGUCCUCCAAGACCAGGUGCAAAUUCUUCAGCUUGACAGAGACGCCAGAGGACUACACCAUCAUCGUGGAUGAGGAGGGCUUCCUGGAGCUGCCGUCCUCGGAGCAUCUGAGCGUGGCAGACGCCACCUGGCUGGCCCUGAAUGUGGUGUCUGGUGGUGGUGGCUUCCCCGGCUCACAGCCCAUCGGCGUCACCAAGAUUGCCAAGUCCGUCAUCGCGCCGCUGGCCGACCAGAACAUCUCAGUGUUCAUGCUGUCCACCUACCAGACCGACUUCAUCCUGGUGCGCGAGCGGGACCUGCCCUUUGUCACCCACACGCUAUCCUCGGAGUUCACCAUCCUGCGCGUGGUCAACGGCGAGCCGGUGGCAGCAGAGGACCUGGGUGUCACCAAUGGCUUCGUCAAGUCCAAGAUGGUCCAGAGGCCGGUCAUCCACCCGCUGUCCAGCCCCAGCAACAGCUUCUGCGUCACCAGCCUGGACCCGGACACGCUGCCCACGGUGGCCACGCUGCUCAUGGACGUCAUGUUCUACUCGGGCGGGGUGAAGGACCCCAUGGCUGCCGGUGACGAAUGUGGCAAUAUUCGGUUCUUUUCCUUCUCCCUCAUCGAGGGUUACAUUUCUCUGGUCAUGGACGUGCAGACCCAGCAGAGGUUCCCCAGCAACCUCCUCUUCACCAGCGCCUCUGGGGAGCUCUGGAAGAUGGUCCGGAUUGGGGGUCAGCCCUUGGGCUUCGAUGAGUGUGGAAUCGUGGCACAGAUCUCUGAGCCCCUGGCCGCAGCCGACAUCCCUGCCUAUUACAUCAGCACCUUCAAGUUCGACCAUGCACUGGUCCCUGAAGAAAACAUCAGCGGGGUCAUCAGCGCCCUAAAAGUCACCCAGGCGGAGAAGCACUAGAAGAGGACUCCCUGCGCUCCCUGCCCCCCUUGGCCUGGGCUCAGCCCCACCCUGAAGAUUCUCCCUGCAGUUAUUUCUCAAGACUGGAAACUCGGUCCCUAGGCUUCUUUGGGGGCGGAGGGGGGGGGAGGAGUCCCCCACCCUAAUGUGGACCCUGCCAGCCGCUGUCCCCCUCACCCCCCAGAUUCAUGGAGAACUGCCUGAUCCCCUGGAAAGCAGUGGCGGGGUUCUGGGGAGUGUAUGAGGGGUUCCCAGAAGGAAGCUGGGGUACCCAUUCUGUUGGCAUUUUGGGAGGCCGGCUGAGCAGCGGCUGAGUUUAGGGGGGCACUUCUAAGACCCCUGUGAGGGUGGGGCUGUUUGUUUGCGUGGUCUCUGGCGCUGGUCCCAUCUGCUGGGGGGUGGUUCCUGCAGAGUGAAUGUCCACCCCUGGGUUGGGGUGGGGGGCGUAGUGUGUGGUCACCGAAGCUCAGACCCAGGAUGGGGCUGGGGGCGGGGGUCCCCCAGAACCUCACCUGCCAACCACAGGGCCUGCACCCCGACUCUCAGCAUGACUGCCAAGAGGGGAUCCUGUUUCCACCCUUAACUCCUGGGAGGAGGGGCAGCCCCCCAGGAGACCCAGCAGCCAGGGGUAUGAGCCCUGGACCCCCACUUCCCUCAGACAGACUCCAGUGGGGGGGCCUCCCCAGCAGUUGAGAGACCAGCACAGGCCCCCCCCCCCAGUUGUCCUGCCCCUCCUCCUACUUUGGGGGGUCUUGGAAGGCCUCUGAGCCUCAGGUCACCUGCCCUCCCAGCCCGGGGCCCAUGGUGUUCAUGACUCCCUCGCUGGGGAGGCAGCAAACUGAGCCUUAAUAGAGAAAACCGUUCCUCAUUUUAAUUUAACCUAAUUUGCACCCAGGCUGUACCAGUUUUGGGGUAAGGUGGCUAAGUUUGGGGUGGGGGGUUGAGGAUAGAGACUCGCUGUCACCUGGCUCUGAGCACUGGACACUACCUAGAGGCCUAGGUCCCCUUGUGAUAUACAAAGUGGGGGUGGGGGGCAGAGAUCUAUUAUAUGACGGGGUUCCUCGGUGGGGAGGGGUCCCCCACAUUGGGCUGCCCAGCCAGCAAGAAGGGGGGCAGCCCCGCUGGUGUGUGAGCAUCUGAGGAGGGACCCAUGGGUCACGGGUGGUAUUCCAGUCGUGGUGGGGGAAUGGGGUGAACCCUGGCACCUUCACUUCUUUGGGGGGUUGCUUUGCAUGUAAGCAGGAGCCAAACCCUCCCCCACCCCACCCCCCACCUCAGACCUUGUCUCAGAGAAGGGACCUUUCCUUGGUCCAUUGAAGAAUUCAUAUGGGAACACCUCCUACCCUGAAUGCCAGAAACCCACCAGCUAGUGUGUAUGUCUGGCUCCUGGCAGGUGCCCGGAGACCCCAGCACUAAGUAGGACCCCCCCUUUUUUUUCCCCCUUUCCCCUUGUUCAUUUUGCUUAAAACAACCAAAAUAUGUAGAGUGUUAGGGGGUGUGUGGGGGGAUGGCUGUGCGUGAACCCCCCCCCGCACCCCUGCCAGGUCCCCAUCCCUGUCGCUCCCCCUGCCUGCCUGUGUCGGCCCUGUCACCCCGAAACGUGUGCCCCCGCCCAGGCGUGUCUCUUGUGCACAUACCUGUGCUCUAUGUCCAUAGAGAAACCCUGUAAAUAGCAGAUAGACUGGAGCAAUAUAUACGUUAAUAUAUACUGUGUGGGCGCCCCC